GCUCAGUUGCCUCUCGCACACGCGAUCGCCCGGUUGACAAAUUCGGAGCCCUCCGGCGUUUUAUUGCCUCCAAUUUUCCGGUCAGCUGUGCCUGCUAAUCAUGUGGAAGCUCGUUAGAAAAUUGUCUCUUUUAUGACAAAAAGUUCAAGUCAAUCAAAAGAGCCAUUUUCCUUACGCACGUCAUCGGGUUAAUGCAUUUCUAAUUACCAGUUUGUACGCCUCGCGCUCGUAAAACACUUUCUCUUUUACGCUGUCACAUUUUUUGUCCCAUAUUUGGUUGGCUUAUCGAUAAAAAGUGCGUGGGCGUGUUAUUUUUAAAGACGAAAAUUUGUUGUGAAAACAAAACUAACCUUGGUCCCUUUUGUGUUGGCCGAAAAAAUGCGGUCUGACGACAUUCCAAAAAUCAAAGUGUACAAAACUGCAGUACAAAGUUAAAUUUUCGACUUGUUUGUCAGUGGUAUUGGAGCCAAAAAAGUGAAGUUGCAUGCAAAAUGACUUGCCUCUCGGACAUUGAUUUGGCCACCUUGCACGAGAAUCGCUUGGAGCAGCGAUGGCACUACGGACUGCCAAAUUCCGAUCAUAUGUAUCACCACCAUGACGGAUUUAGUCCCAUGACCCGCAAAUGUCUGGAGAGGAAUCUGCAGAGGAAGGCGCGAUCGGAGUCAAACGGAAAAUGUGUGGAACGAGGACGGGCCAGAGAUUGUAACUCAAGUGGCAGUGGAUCGGCGUCAGGUGGGAAACGCAGACGCUCCGGCACCUGGCCGCGCACUCGCAGUUUAAAUGCCCCUUCGCCUGUCCAGCAAUUCGGACCAUGUGGACGCAUCAUGAAAAACUCAGCCAUGGUGAUGCAGAUCCAAGAUCCGGCUAGUCAGCGUCUCACCUGGUACAAGCCACCUCUCACUGUUCUGGUGAUCAAAAAAGUAAGCGAUGCCUCGGUCCUGGCGCCCUUUGUCCAACUGGUGGACUGGCUGCUGCAGGAGAAGUGCAUGGUGGUUUGGGUGGAGUCAGCGGUGCUGGAGGACUCGCUGCUCAACGAAAAUGUGCGAUUCAAGGCAAUACGGGAUAAGCUGGUGACUUUCAAAGAUGGCCGUGAUGACUUGACGGAUCGCAUUGACUUUAUAGUCUGUCUUGGUGGCGAUGGCACACUUCUAUAUGCCUCCCUGCUCUUCCAGCUAUCGGUGCCGCCCGUCAUGGCUUUUCAUUUGGGUUCCCUCGGCUUCCUCACACCCUUCCGCUUCGACAACUUCCAGGAGCAGCUCACCAGUGUCCUUGAGGGGCACGCUGCUCUAACCCUGCGCAGUCGUUUGCGUUGUGUGAUGCAUCGCAGGAGCGAUAGAAAACAAGAGGCCAAAACACAAGAGAUAGAUCCGGAUGGAGAUGCACGACCUGCGGCCAAUAGCAUCCUCGUGCUCAACGAAGUGGUCAUUGAUCGGGGUCCUUCGCCGUAUCUCAGCAAUAUUGAUUUGUUCCUGGACGGCAAGUACAUCACGUCGGUGCAGGGUGAUGGUCUCAUUGUAUCAACACCCACGGGAAGCACUGCUUAUGCGGCAGCAGCCGGUGCCUCCAUGAUCCAUCCCUCCGUGCCGGCCAUUAUGGUGACUCCGAUUUGCCCGCAUUCGCUGAGCUUCCGACCCAUUGUUGUGCCAGCUGGAGUGGAACUGAAGAUCUCGGUUUCACCAGAGAGCCGCAACACCUCGUGGGUCAGCUUCGAUGGACGCAAUCGACAGGAGCUCUUCCAUGGCGACAGCCUCCGCGUGACCACCUCUAUUUAUCCCGUGCCCUGCAUCUGUGCCCAGGAUCAGAUUUCCGACUGGUUUGCCUCCCUCGCCGACGGACUGCACUGGAAUGUGCGAAAGCGACAGAAGUGCCUCGACGAGCUGUCGGAUCUCACAGCAUCCGGAUCGGAGGACAUGCUGGACGAGAUUGAGAAUAUGAAAUUGUAUGAUGUUUAGUGCGUAAGUCCCCGUUGCUAAAUGUAGUCGUAGGUUAGGCCCUUUAGCAGUAGUCUUAGUCCUUGGCCCUUACGAAGUCUUUUUAUUUAGUGUGUAAUUUUUAGUAUUUUCCAAGUAUCUUUUCGAACAAAUUGAUUAAGCACAUUUCGCCAAAAGUUAUAGAAACUUACUAUAGUUUUUAUUUUGUAAAAUGCUCUUACAAAGGGUAUAAACUGUUAAGCAAAUGAAAUAUUGUAAAGUUCCGCUGUUAGUAAAAUGCAAUACAUUUUGUCAAAAGCAAUUCUAUGCGAACAAGUAUCCGUAUGUAAACCUAUUUUAAUAUAUUAAAAAAAUUGUUAAAAACGA